CUCGGCUUCUCUCUGUGAUUUAGCCAUGGUGCGUUGUGGGUGGACGGUCUAUUUGCUGCUGCCAAAGUGAGGGGUGAGAGGGCGCAAGAAGUCGACCGGGACCCUUAUGACGUCGCUAGAUGCCAGGAUGCAUGGCUUACCACUGCCGAGUUGCCGAAUGGGUCGUCUCUUAUCACAGAAUGCCACGCUUCUCACAUGGCUGGGCAAAGAAUGCUAUUGUUCCCACGAACAGCUGACAGGAUGGGAGGCGUCAGAGGGAGAAGGAGGGGUAGCUCGAUAGCGCUGCCAAGAUCGGCAGCUGUGUGAAGCGACCCAGUCCAUCGCCCGC